AUGGAAUGGGAAAACCAAACUGUUCUAGUGGAAUUUUUUCUGAAGGGUCUUUCUGGUUACCCUAGGCUUGAGCUACUCUUUUUUGUGCUGAUCUUAAUAAUGUAUGUGUUCAUCCUUCUGGGCAAUGGUGCCCUUAUUUUAAUCAGCACCUUGGACUCUCACCUUCACAUGCCUGUGUACUUCUUCCUGGGGAAUCUCUCCUUCCUGGACGUCUGAUACACCACCACCUCCAUUCCCUCCACACUGGUGAGUUUCCUCUCAGAGAGAAAGACCAUUUCCAUCUCUGGCUGUGCAGUGCAGAUGUUCCUUGGUUUGGCCAUGGGGACAACAGAGCGAGUGCUCUUGGGUGUGAUGGGCUUUGACUGCUAUGUGGUCAUCUGCAACCCUCUGAGGUAUCCCAUGAUUAUGAGCAAGAAUUCCUACGUGCCCAUGGCAACUGGGUCCUGGUUUGCAGGGAUUGUCAACUCUGCAGUACAAACUGUGUUUGUGGUACAAUUGCCUUUCUGCAGGAAUAACAGCAUCAAUCAUUUCUCCUGUGAAAUUCUGGCUGCCAUGAAGUUGGCUUGUGCUGACAUCUCAGGCAAUGAGUUUAUCAUGCUCGUAGUCACAACAUUGUUCACAUUGAUGCCACUGCUCUUGAUUGUCAUCUCUUAUUCAUUAUUCAUUUCCAGCAUCCUCAAGGUCCAUUCCUCUGAGGGGAGAAGCAAAGCCUUCUCCACCUGUUCAGCCCACCUGACUGUGGUGAUUAUAUCCUAUGGGACUAUUCUCUUCAUGUACAUGAAGCCUAAAUCUAAAGAGACACUUAGUUCAAAUGACUUGGAUGCUACUGACAAACUCAUAUCCAUGUUCUAUGGGGUGAUGACUCCCAUGGUGAAUCCUUUAAUAUACAGUCUCAGAAACAAGAAUGUGAAGGAGUCAGUAAAACUUCUACUAAUGAAAAGAUUCAUUAGCAAGUAA